AUGAUUUUCAAACCACUCCUUACCGUGGUGCUAGCAGCACUGGCCCAAUUCGUGAACGCUCAGGACGAUGGAGGAGACAUUGUAUACGACGCAGAACACAAUGCAACUUCAAUUGUGGGAACCUGGAGUUCACAGAGCGGAGCAGUUACAACUGGUCCUGAAUUCGUCGACCCUGCAAAACUCACCUUCUUCUAUCCCAGGAAUACCGGUGUCUCAUUCUCCUUCACCGCUGACGGAUUCUACGAGAUUGCGCGCUACCGUUUCCUCAGCAAUGGUUCUGAGCCGACAUGUAUCACGGGUGUCAUUGGAUGGGUCCACGGCACAUACACCCUGAACAGCAAUGGGUCAAUAACAAUGGUUCCCUUCGGCGAUGGCUUCCAACAAAUCCAAGAUCCUUGCGCGGCCAUCUCGAAUUUCAUCGAAACUUACAACGUCACCGAGUACUUCCGCGGCUGGAGAAUAUUCCAAGACCCAGUCCAGGGCUACAAGCUACACCUCUUCGAACAUGACGGCCGACCUGUUGCACCACAAUUCCUCCGCUCAGAGACACCCAACAUGCACCCCACACGGUCAUUGCGUAAUGAUACUUGGGUCCGAGUCGACAGCAAGGAAAAGCGAUCUUUGGACCACACGUUCCAGAAACGCUCUUCCGCUCCAUCUGCCCGAACACUGCGAACAGAGGGACUAGUAGCAGCAGCAGGCAUGGUGGCGCUGGCGUUCUCAUCAUUGCUGCUAUAG